CAUCGAUCCCCAAAUCCUACCAAAUGUUGAAACCGAGUUAUUCCGGUUACAGUUAAUCGAACCGGCCUAUCCAGUCCCUAUGGAGGUUUUACGAAGGUUUUCGGGAUUUGCAGAAGGAGAAGAAGAAGCGAAGAAAUGGCUGCAACGAGGAUCGCUUCUAGAUCUACGUCUCUAGGCUCCAUCUUCAGAACACGAAGUUUGAUCUCACCUAAACCUAAGCUCUCCGUCCCAAACCCUAAUUCAUCGUCGUCGCGUUUCAACACCACUUCGCCUCUUCGUCAGACUCGAAUCGAAAGUUCAGUUCCCAGGUCUCUGCGGCGAGAACUAAGCACGCAUCAACCAUUUCAUAGCGUUGUCGCUGCCGCUCUCCUCGUUUCGAAGCUCCCUUCUGAUGUCACCUCUUGUGAAGGCUAUAGUUUUGGUAUGAAUCUCCCACAAAAU